CGUGCUGCCGCGGAUCAGAGUCACCCAGUCGGCUGGAGGCGGAGAAUCUGCUCUUCUACUGUAGCAACCUACACUGUCCUGCUCCCUUGGUAAAGACUAUCCACAAAAAAGCUAUAAAACAAGAUAAAUUAUACUCCCUAAAUUUAAAAAAGGCAAGAUCCAUGAGUGGGCAUCGGUCAACAAGGAGACGAUGUGGAGAUUCUCACCCGGAGUCCCCUCUGGGCUUCGGGCAUAUGAGUACUCCAGGGUGUGUAUUAAAUAAAUUGUUUCAGUUACCUACACCACCAUUGUCAAGACACCAACUUAAGCGGCUAGAAGAACACAGGUAUCAGAGUGCUGGACGGUCCCUGCUUGAGCCCUUAAUGCAAGGGUAUUGGGAAUGGCUAGUUGGAAGAGUUCCCUCCUGGAUUGCCCCAAAUCUCAUCACGAUCAUUGGAUUGUCAAUAAACAUCUGUACAACUGUUUUAUUAGUCUUCUACUGUCCUACAGCUACAGAGCAGGCACCUCUGUGGGCGUAUAUUGCUUGUGCAUGUGGCCUUUUCAUUUACCAGUCUUUGGAUGCUAUAGAUGGGAAGCAGGCAAGAAGAACCAAUAGCAGUUCUCCUUUGGGAGAACUUUUUGAUCAUGGGUGUGAUUCACUAUCAACAGUUUUUGUGGUUCUUGGAACUUGUAUUGCAGUGCAACUGGGGACAAACCCUGACUGGAUGUUUUUUUGUUGUUUUGCUGGGACAUUCAUGUUCUAUUGUGCACAUUGGCAAACAUAUGUUUCUGGAACAUUGCGAUUUGGAAUAUUCGAUGUUACAGAGUCCCAGAUCAUAAUUAUAAUAUGCCAGCUUCUCACAGGAACCCUGGGUCCUUGGUUCUGGAACUUCACGAUUCCAGUGCUGAAUAUUCAAAUGAAAAUUUUUCCUGCACUUUGUACUGUAGCAGGGACCAUAUUUUCCUGUACAAAUUACUUCCGUGUAAUCUUCACAGGUGGUGUUGGAAAAAAUGGAUCAACGAUAGCAGGAACAAGUGUCCUUUCUCCUUUUCUCCAUAUUGGAUCAGUAAUUACAUUAGCUGCAAUGAUCUACAAGAAAUCAGCAGUUCAGCUUUUUGAAAAGCAUCCCUGUCUUUAUAUAUUGACAUUUGGUUUUGUAUCUGCCAAAAUCACCAAUAAGCUUGUGGUGGCACACAUGACUAAAAGUGAAAUGCAUUUGCAUGACACAGCAUUCAUAGGUCCAGCACUUUUGUUUCUGGACCAAUAUUUUAACAGCUUUAUUGAUGAAUAUAUUGUACUUUGGAUAGCCCUGGUCUUCUCUUUCUUUGAUUUGAUUCGCUACUGUGUCAGUGUUUGCAAUCAGAUUGCGUCUCACCUGCACAUACAUGUCUUCAGAAUCAAGGUCUCUACAGCUCAUUCUAAUCAUCAUUAAUGAUGUAAUUGAUGUUAUAGGAAGCUCAUGUUUUCUGCCCGAAAGAAUCUGAACAUAUUAAGGAGAAUGGGGUGGUUAAGAACAAAUAUAAUUUAUAAUAA